AUGGGUUCCAUGCACACGGAUUGGCCGGCCACGGAAGAGGGCGUUGCGACUUUCACGAAACAUGGAGCAAUGCGCUUGAAUAUCAGAACAGCCGCGCUUGCUGCAGAAACGAGCACGCCUCCAGCGUCACCGUUGCCCUCCCCUCCAUUGACCAAGAAGCGCGGAGCCCGCCGGGACCGAGAGUUCCGCAGAUAUGCAGAAGCCGUGGAGGACAUUCAGGCCAACAUCGAAGGGGAAGCGGCAACGAGUUCGCGUGAUUUGAGUCUCACAGCCCUUGCGCAACUCGUGGCUCUUCGACUGAAUGCCAAGCGUGCGUUGAUAUCGUUGUUCGACCGGGAGAGACAAUAUGUGAUCGCAGAAGCAACUCGUACUCUGUCUCUUCAGGAAGAUGUGGUACAUGCCCCGAACGAUGGUCUGUGCUUUGGUGCAUCGGUCUGGACACGAGACCCGGACGACUUCUUCAGACGGGCGCUGAGGGCGCAUAAGACGAUCAGAGUAGGUGGUACGACGGAGCAGAGAUGUUAUGAAGCGAAUGACUUGCUUAACGAUGCACGCUUCGCAAAUCACCGGUUUGUGGCCAACAAGCCAUUUGCUCGUUCAUUUGCAGGCGUCCCACUCCUUACCCCUAGUGGAUACGCCAUCGGGACAGUGUCGUUCCUUGACGACCGGCCUAGGGAAUAUCCGUUGACGGACGUGGAGAUUGCGUUCAUGGAAGACAUAGCUAGCACCACCAUGGCUCACAUCGAGAAGACCCAGCUUAUCGUUGCGCACACUCGUUCUAUCCGCAUGAUACACGGACUGAGCCGCUUCAUCGAAGGCAAGACCACCGCGGAUGAACAACUAGACAGCUCCAUCACCAACAUGCGAGAUCGUCAGAAUGUUCAGACAUCCCUGCUAGGAGCCUCCCGCCGCACCCAUGCCAUGAAUGCUGCGUCAAACGCUGAGCGUAUAGACGAGUAUCGGCGUGCACCACCGCAUGUGGGCUUCCCGAAGCGUCGGGCACUCAGUGGUACCAACUCGGAGGAAUCCGACGAGCAUCACGCACUGGGCAGCAGAUCUCCAGAAGGAUUCGCUGAUUCCAAAGACCAGCCUCAAGACGAUUCACUUGAGAGCGACAUGCUGCGCAGGCCACAGCUAGUUCCUAGUAGCAAUGAGAGUGUAUCUGACAAAUCUGGAACAUUGCCGAAGUGCGCACCUGGUGAUUUGCAAGAGGACUUGCUGUCCAAGGAUGUCAGACACUCCUUUGAAAGAGCUGCUUCCAUCAUAAACUCAGCCAUGGGUCUAGCAGGAACCCUUUUUCUCGACGCAAGCGUGGGCGAAUUCGGUCGCCUGCGCGAUGACCAAGACAACCACGAUACCAGCACCGAAAGCGACAUGUCUCGAUCAGAAGCAGAUGUCGUCAUAUCUGAGAACGAUGUAUGCUCUACAGCGAGGAAUCGAAACAAAAGCGUCCAUGAACCUGCCUCGAAGGCGUGCCGAAGCCUCGCCUCUGCRUACGCAGUAUCGCCUAUCGCUGGUGGUAAAUCGCAGGUCUUUCACCACCCCAUUCCUGAACGAUAUCUGAAAUCACUUCUGAGGAGGUUCCCAUACGGCAAGCAGUGGAAUUUUGACCCGUACGGAAACACAUCAUCCGAUGAAUUUUCGGACAGCAGUGCAACGACGGACGUCAUCAACAAGGACGAUCCAGAUUAUGUACCAUCGCCACGUCAACGACGCAAUCGUAAUCGACGGCGAACAGACGGUCAAAUACUGACCGAGCUGUUCCCUGGGGCCAGAAGUCUGGCGUUGAUGCCAAUGUACGAUGCCCGUCGGGAGAGAUUCUUCGCAGGCGCAAUCGUUUGGAGCUAUGACCCAAUCCGCGUUCUCACCGUACAGGAUGACUUGAACUACCUUGGAGCCUUUUGCGAUGUGAUCAUGGCAGAGGUUGGCCGACUUGAUGCACGGAACGAAGCGAAUACCAAAGCCAGCUUCAUCAGCUCCAUGUCACACGAGCUUCGGACUCCCUUGCACGGGAUAUUGGGCGGUGUUGAGUGCCUACAAGAUGAGAACAAUGCGGUCAUGAAGGAGGACAUGCUCCAGAUGAUUGAGUCCAGUGGGAGGAGCUUGCUUGACAUCAUCGAUCAUUUGCUAGAACACGCUCAUUCUACAGGACCCAGCGAGCGGAAACCGGACGCGAAAUCGAAAUCGGCUCGAACCAAUAACAAAAUCUUCCGAAAUAGGGAAGGUGAUGUGCAGACGACGGCGAAGCACACCGCGGACACCAGCCACCUGACUCCCUGCGAUUUGGCACAGCUGACCGAAGAGGUACUCAAUACGAGCCUAUGGGCCACGCCGAAGCCAAGUCUGCCUUCGGCAGUGGAGACGCGGAGCUCUACACUUGCGAAUGGAACAUCAUCCGAUUGCAUCAAAGUCAUCCUCGAAAUUGACCCAAGUGCAACUGGCGAAUUCCGUGUCAACUCUGGAGCAUGGAGAAGAAUUGUCCAGAACCUGGCCAAUAACUCUAUCAAAUACUGUGAUGAAGUCGGCUACUUCAAGGUAUCAUUGUCCGCUACUCCAUACUCGAAUGGUUCAGGCAUAGCAAACACCAACAUGUCGAUGGUAGAGCUCGUCUGCCUGGAUAGUGGAAUAGGAAUGUCCCAGCAAUUCCUAAAGUUCGGCUUGUGGCAGGCAUUCAGCCAAGAAAACUCUAGCUCCCAAGGCACAGGCCUCGGGCUGAGCCUAGUUCAUGGUGUCGUGAAGGAGAUGGGAGGUACAAUCGAUGUGCAGAGCAGCAAAGGUGUUGGCAGCGCUAUAAGAGUUCGGAUUCCGCUGCGGAAACGCCAAAAGGCAAGCAGCACCGGCGUGGAUGCUCCGAGCAUUGUCAUACUGGAACAACUGAAAUCCACCACAUGCGCCAUGCUUGGAUUUGACGACGACGUCAGCGGCAAUGAGCGCUCCUUGAAGGCCAAURCCGUUUUGAAGAAGUCACUUGUCUCCACAUGCGGGCAAUAUGGAGUGCAGAUCGUCCAGGACGAAAACAGUCACUGUGCUAACGGCCUGGAGGAACGACCAAGCCAGCAAGCGGACAUUAUAAUCAUCUCCGAGAAAAAGGCCUGCCAAUUGGGCCAGUUCGGACCAGAAAAUGACGCCGAGAAAAGAGUCUACACCACACCAACCAUAGUACUUUGCAAUUCCGUGGCAUCAACACGAGUACUGCCAGAUCUCGGAAGCACAAUCGUGGCGGUAUCCCAACCACUCGGUCCACGAAAGUUGCUGAGAGCUCUAACUUCCUGCCUCGAGAAAACCCGACCGGAAGUCAUAACGACGCCAGAUGAUGACAAGAAUGCGAAAAAGGACGCAGACCGGGCUGAAUCACCCCUAGUCCUGACCGUCUAUGCCCGACCCGAGCUCCUUCCUAGGAACUCUUACUUCGGCACAGACAGCGGCACGGGGAGUCAGAAAGCCGCUACCACACGUCCACAAAUCCCACCAUCCGGACUUACCACUCUUCUGGUAGACGACAACGACAUCAACCUGACCCUUCUACGCGCUUACAUGAAUAAGCACAAGCACGCUUUCGUCUGUGCGGCCAACGGCCUGGAAGCCGUAAACGCGUACCGAGAGUCCUUUGAGGACCCCAAUACUGAUGUACCAUCUCUGAUAUUAAUGGAUCUGACCAUGCCGGUCAUGUCCGGUCUAGAAGCUACAAGACAAAUCCGCGCCUAUGAGCGCUCCCAUGCAAUCAGGCCUGCGAGUAUGAUUAUUGCGUUGACUGCCAUGGGAAGUUCCGAGGCGAGGCAGGAGGCUUUUGGGUCUGGGGUGGAUUUAUUCCUCACUAAACCUGUGAAAUUAAGCGCACUGGGAAAGACAAUAGUAAAACACAUGGAGGAGAGACGUAUCGUGACUCCUCCGUCUUUGGAGUCCGACGAUCGAUAG